AUGUCUGACAAGCCUAUCCGCGUUGCCGCCAUUCAAGCGGAACCUGCUUGGAAUGAUCUUGAAGCGGGCGUUGAUAAGGCAAUCGCCCUUAUCCAAGAAGCGGCGCAGAACGGUGCAAAUGUUCUAGGGUUUCCUGAGGUUUUCAUCCCUGGCUACCCAUGGAGCAUUUGGGCAAACUCUGUGAUUGACUGUGCGGCAUUCAUGGAUGAGUACUUCCGCAACUCGCUGGAGAGGGAAUCCGAGCAGAUGGACCGCAUCCGGGCUGCAGUGAGGGAGGCUGGUAUUUUCGUUGUGCUCGGAUAUAGCGAGCGCUACCAGGGCAGUCUUUACAUUGCGCAGUCCUUUAUUGACCCCAGCGGAUCCAUCGUCCACCACCGCCGCAAGAUCAAGCCCACCCAUGUGGAACGCGCGUACUACGGCGAUGGUCAGGCAGAUUCCCUGAAGACCGUUGUUGCGUCUCCCUUUGGGAAGGUCGGUGGACUGAAUUGCUGGGAGCAUUCGCAACCUCUCCUGCGAUACUACGAGUACUCUCAGGAUGUCGAUAUCCAUGUCGCCAGCUGGCCACUCAUUUGGGAGAUGCCAGAUGAGAAGGAAAUGGCAUGGCAGUACCACAUUACGGGGGAGAUGUCUGCUCGACUCUCGCAGGUCAUGGCGCUGGAGGGAGCAACGUUUGUGCUGGUGUGCACGCAGAUCCUGACGGAGAAGUCUCGCGAGAAAUGCGAGCUCAGUGACUUCGUGUACGCAAAGACCCCUGGUGGCGGCUUUAGCCGCAUCUUUGGACCUGACGGUGCCGAACUGGUAAAGCCCCUCCCUCCCGGAGAGGAGGGCAUUUUAUACGCCGACAUCGACCUGCACAAGAAGGCUCUUGCCAAGCAUAACCUGGAUGUAGUCGGUCACUACUCGCGUCCUGACUUGCUGAGCCUGAGAGCAACUACCAGCGCUAGCUCUCCUGUGCAUUUCACCAACCUGGCCUAA